AGGCCAACACGUGCAGACCAUGGAGUGAGACCGAGCGGCAGUCAGUGGUGCUCGUCAAGUCGGUCGAUUCGUUUCGUCGCUCGCUGUUUAUUCGCACUCCUAUUAAAAAGAAGCAAAAGAACUUUCAAAAGCCGGCCGCUUUUCAUUCAGUGCUCGCUCGCGUUCUGAAAGUAAAGAAGCAGAAGAACCCAAAACACACCAGAGGGGACACAGGACCGAAAAUGGGCAAGAAAAACUCCAAACUAAAACAGGACACCAUCGACAGACUCACGUCCGAGACCUACUUUUCGGAAAAGGAGAUCCGCCAGUGGCACAAAGGGUUCCUGAAGGACUGUCCGAACGGGCUGCUGACCGAGCAGGGCUUCAUCAAAAUCUACAAGCAGUUCUUCCCGCAGGGCGACCCCAGCAAAUUCGCCACCCUCGUGUUUCGCGUCUUCGACGAGAACAAGGACGGCUCGAUCGAGUUCGAGGAGUUCAUCAGAGCACUCUCCAUCACCUCAAGAGGAAACCUCGACGAGAAAUUGCACUGGGCAUUUAGACUGUAUGACGUGGACAAUGAUGGAUACAUCACCCGCGAGGAGAUGUACAACAUCGUGGAUGCCAUCUAUCAAAUGGUGGGUCAGCAACCUCAGCACGAGGAUGAAAACACGCCACAGAAGCGGGUGGACAAGAUUUUCAACCAAAUGGACAAGAACCACGACGACAAGCUCACACUCGAGGAGUUCCGCGAGGGCAGCAAAGCCGACCCGCGCAUCGUGCAGGCGCUCUCCCUGGGCGACGUCAACUGAUCAACACCUCAAAUACCCAAGGAAGCAGCGCCGUCAUUCUGCAGGCCAGCAGUACAGCAGGGCACGCAUCCGCGGCCGUUGCGAAUAUUGACUCAAGUUUACCUAAUAUUGUGAUUUUCAUUCCUUAAAUAUUGUAUAAUGCAUAAUGCGCUCGCAUACUGAGAUUUUUAAUUAUAAAGCAAAAAAAAAGAACAUUAAAUAUUAAAAUUAAUUAAAUUAUACUAUACGCAUUGUUGAUCAAGAUUUAAAAGAUUCAAGAUUCUCAUCUAUUUCUCUCUGUAUAUUUCACGCAAAAUAAAACUCACAAUCGACAGUUGUUAAAUAUCACUCACUCACACACGCAUCAAAAUAAAUUUUUAUUGAUUAAAAAAUUAAUAAUAAAAUAAUGUACCAAAACACUCGAAGCAAUCAGUCCGGUUGAUUUAUCGCGGCCUAUAUUAGUUAGAAGGUGGCUGAUGAACGGUUAUUUAAAAAUUUCCAUUAAACUGCCAUGUUGUAAUAACUAAGUUGAGAGUCAAGAGUAGAUUGUAAAUCCUCUGUGCGAAGAAAAAUAGCGGUUUAGGUUCAUCAACCAACCACCGAGGAGCGUGUGUGAAUUAUUUUUUAUAUAUUUUCUUUGCAGCGAAAAGCAUCGAAGAUUUAUAGAGAGUGCGCGCGUUUCAAGUGAUCAAUCAAGUGUCCAAGAAGUGUGCGAGGACGAUUAAUUGGGUUUAAAGUAUUUAGGAAUCGUGUAUUUGUUAUUGAGAAAGCAAACCGCAAAAAUAAUUAUAUAUUAACAUAAAUAUGCACAACACUGUCCUUUUGAAGCUCAUCAUUGGAUUGCGAUUGUUAAUAAUCCUCUUAGUGUUUUUAAAAUAAUUCAUUCAGCUUUUUAUGAGGAACAAAUUUCAACCAAUCUGCGCGUAAUACCUCUUAAUAUCACGGAAAAUGACUCUUGUAAAUAUAUUCCAGUUUUCAGUGUGAUUUUAUAUCAACGUAUGAUAAAAAAAAAAUACUCGACGAUUAUCAUUAUAGCUGUACAACUUUUGGGUUUUAGGUCGUUGGAUGAGCUUUAUAAAUUUUUUUUUAAAGAUUUAAAAUUUCCCUCCUUGCCUUUUUGUUACUGGAAAAAAAUUAUGAAAAAAUAGCAAUCCAAUUUCUUUUUUCCGAAAAAUCCGAAAACCUGUUCAGCUCAUCCAAUCACCACUACCCAGGAGGAAAAUAAAGAAAAAUGUAUUGUUUGAAUUUGGAGUUGAGUUUGAAGAUUCAUGGCUGCCGCAUGUCUUUCCACGUUAGCGCCACAGUCGAGAUGCAAUGAGAAAUCGAGCAUUCGAGACCCUCUUUUAAUCGUAAUUUUCCACGCGACAGAGUUGAUUAUUCAUUGAUUGAUAAGUACGCGGAAAAUUUUUUGAAAAAAUAUAUAAAUAAA